CUGCAAUAAAGGCAGAUAGCGGACCAUGGGGAGCAGGGGAAAACUUUUUAUACAGACAUAUCAGCACAAUGACUUCUGAGUAACAUCCAGCAGGGACGAGGCUCCCGGCGUGAGGAGGACAGGGUGCGUAACGGGGACGAAAAAAGGAGCACUUGCCAUCUGCCGGGCUGCGGGGACGAAAAGCAAGACGGCAGAAGAGUUUGCGAGCAGUCCCAACAAUCAGCGGUGGAAAAUCCAGUUUAGCCACUUGAAUUGAAAGAUGAGCUUGUUGUCUGCCAUCGACACGAGUGCCUCAGUGUACCAGCCUGCGCAGCUCCUCAACUGGGUCUAUCUCUCCUUGCAAGACCCCCAUCAGACCAGCGCCUUUGACGCGUUCAGACCCGAACCCAACUCUUCCCACCCGGAUCUCAGUUUCAGCAAGACUCCCGCAGCGGCGGACCUGAGCUCUUCCCUCAACUCCAACUAUCUCAACAACUUCUUUCAGCUGCAGCGCAAUGAGGUGAAAGAGGGCACGCGACAUACAAAUGCCUUAAACAACAACGUGUAUAAGAAUGUAUCACCCUACGGCUCCCUGAACAACAUCGUGGAUGGACUCAACUCCCUGACGGACCACUUCUCAGACCUUUCCCUCUCCUCAGAGCCAAGAAAGCCAAACAAGAGACCACCUCCCAACUAUUUGUGCCACCUGUGCUUCAACAAGGGCCACUACAUCAAAGAUUGUCCUCAGGCCAGACCCAAAGGGGAAGGACUGACGCCCUACCAAGGAAAGAAGAGAUGCUUUGGAGAGUACAAGUGCCCCAAGUGUAAGAGGAAGUGGAUGAGUGGCAACUCCUGGGCCAACAUGGGACAAGAAUGUAUCAAAUGCCACAUUAACGUCUAUCCACACAAACAGCGGCCGCUGGAGAAGCCGGACGGCUUGGACGUGUCCGACCAGAGUAAGGAGCACCCGCAACACCUGUGUGAGAAAUGUAAAGUCCUGGGCUACUACUGCCGCCGUGUGCAAUAACCACCUUCAUUUAGAGGCAGAGAAGAUCUUUGGUCCCGACUCCUUUCGCUCAUCAAGGCUUUCCUCCCCUGCCCAGUUGGCGUCCAGGUUUCCCCUCCGCUUCGCCCCGCACACAGCGCCUUUCCCCCCCCGCGUCUCGGGAAAACCUCCAACACACACUGUGAUCCUCCCUUCUUUUUCUGAUGCCUUCCCGCUCCACCACAGCAAUCAAGCCUGGUCCCCGUGCUCCGGCGCAGAUGUUAGUCAUUGUUUUUGUUUUGCUAGUGACAGUAUUGAAGAUCGCGUCCAAGAAUGAGAGGAACACAUUUGCUCUGGAUCGGCCCGUCUCUUCCAGUGCUCUUAAACUCUAAAAAAAAAAAUCUACCAAAAGUAGUUACUUUUUUUCUUUUUUUUUUAAAUGCUUUGUUUAUCCGUAGCCACACAACCCAAUUACUCCAACUCAGUGUUCAACAAAUUAUUCUAAAGAUGAAUUAGCACCAGGCAUGUAUUUCAUUGGUGUCGCUGACAAUAUCGGUCUGGAUAGAUUACCUCACCUCGGGGUUCCACGGUUUUGUGUUUACAGAGAUCUGCUUUCCAUUUCCCUGCCAAGUGAAGUGUGUCGUGAUGUGAUGAACCAGGGCCUCUCACGACAGUAUAAUGUAUAUGAGGCCUUCGACGUCUUGCCGUGUUUGGGUCAACAGCACAUCUUAUUAACUGUGAAUUAACUGAGGGAUAAUGUGCCAUACAUCCCGAGCUUACAUUUGGCCUAUUUAUUUACUUGUUGUCUAGUGUGCAAUCUGAAUUUUAACUGGGACAUAAAGAAAUAUUUGUUUUGUUUUGUUUUUUUGUAUGUUUGUAUACCACAUUAUGUGCAACUGCUUCCACCUGUCUUUAGAAACUACUGUAGGUUCGGCUGCGUAGAGUUGCUCCACGGCUAGAUUUAGUGCAUCGCUCGCAGAUAAGGUUUCAUUCACCCUCCCUCAAGUAUUUUUCGCUGCCACGUAAAUUCUCCAGUUAUCUGUCGUGCUAGAUACAUAUAGAUGCAAGAUAAAACAACUGUGUUGCCCUAAUUCCAGAUGGAAAAUGAGGACCGGUGAAAACCAGAAAUUCCAGCGAGGUUUUGCAUGUCCACGUAGUUUCUCCUCCGUGUUUAAUGAACAUCUUUGCACAAUUUGAUUAGUGUUAGUAAAUGUGAUUUUGAAGGUUAAACUGCUCACAUAAAAGCCUUAGAUUAAAUUUUAACCACAGAAGGGGGGAGAUGUUGAAGAGAUCGGAGUUAAACUUUUAGUGCCAAAGGAUGCCUGGCAGCCUUGAAGUAGCCAGUGAGGAAAAAUGGAAACUUUUACACCCUUCAGAAACAAUGAUGUCCAACGGCUAAUUGUUGUAUGAGUGUUCAGAUGGAGGAGAAAGGAGAUUACUUUUUUUUUUAAGAAGGGCUGAUUUGAGAUGUGGUGUUUCUAAAGAUUCAUGGUUAAAUUGAAAGUGACAAUGAAUUGUUUACACUUGUAUUUGUUUAUAACGGGGCCGACAACCAUUUAUCGUGUCUACAACGGGGGGAGAAAAAAAAAGCAUCCAUCAUGUUUACAUGAACCACUGUGCAGAUUUGAAGCAUUACAGGGGAAAUUCAUCCGGUCUUGAGUCACAGAAACCUGCCUUUUCGAGAACCCUGUAUUGUGAAGUAUUUUUAUAUGUACUGUAUUUCUAUCCUUAUAAAAGCUGGUUCAUUAUAUUUUAUACUGUAACAUAAUAUAUGUGCCUUAUAAAGAUUUCAAGUAUCAUUACUCAGAGGCCGUGAGAAAUUUUACAAAUACCUGUGGGAACGGGCUGAACGGUGGAGCAGUACAUGUGCAUGCGGUGAUGCAAAAAGGAAGUCUGACGUACGUUCAAGAAGUGACAAAGGGAGACGUAAAUGAUAAAGCUCCUCCAUUAGCGGUUGAAACUGGCAGGGUGGGUGUUCGCUCCAACGCAGCGAGCCGAGCUGGAGGCAUGGGCUGAACCAGCACUUCCAGCUGGCAAUAACAAAUCCUACUGUGGUCUGUUGUCAUGGAAUAUCAACAAAGAUGUUAGUUCUUAGUCGAUCCUCACAACAGAACCGAGUCGCCUACAAAACUGUGGACCUCACGCUUUGUUUUUUCUAUCUGUUGUAGCUGUGUUUAUCCAAGGAACCGUGGGUUUUGUCAAAAAAUAUACAUGGUUACUUGCUUUAGUGGGAGUGGAUGAUAAUGGUACAUUACAGUGUUGGGAGAAUUUGAACUAAAUUCCAUCUGUUGGAGUUAAACUGGACACUCCGGUGAUUUCGUACCGCAGCUCCGUACACUCCGGAGUCCUGCCGGAGUGAGGCUGAUACAUCCUCACCUUCAGUCCAAAACAAGUUCAAAAAUGAACUUCCCACCAACUCAGGUCAAAGAGGGCAUAUUUAAAGGAUGUGUUUGGACUCUUCUCAGUCGGGCUGCAGCAGUCCGCUCUGGUAAGUGUAUUAGAUGCAGUAGAUGGGGUUAGCAGGUCCUCAGUUUGGAGAAGCAUGCAGCUGCGGCUACAACAAAACACGGUUUCACUACCAGAAACAAUGCCAGUUCGGAUUAAGUAGUUAUCAAUACAAGAAUGGCUAUAUCGACAGACUGUCAUGGAUUCACUUGCUUUUUUUGAUUUGGAAUUGCACUUGGGAUUCUUACUCUUCCACUGCCUUAAGCAGUCGAUAUGAUUAACGUAUGACUAACAUCAUUGAGACGUGCUUUGGACUGUCAAUAGUUUUGUCUGCCUUCACCCAGAGUAAACUGGGACUGGCUCCAGGAGGUAUGAAAGGUCGGUCAUGAAGUAAAAUAACAUUAUUUAGGAAAGCAGCAACUCUUGCGCUCUGGAAGUCCAAACGAUCUAACGCCACAUUAAAACAUUGUCCAGUUUCUUCUGUGCCAGUCAGUACAUCUGCUUGCUUCUGAAAAGCGACAACCUUCAUCCACUAUAUGCAGCAACCCAUUCUCAGAUAAUCGGAAUUUUUACAGAGUAAUCGUUUCUCAAAGCCCGACCUGAGUGAGCAACUGCGACGAAGCUCCUCCAAAACUCCAGGUCAACAAUUAGUGGACUGCCUCUUCAAUUUAAUCAAAGUUGGAGAUUCAGUGUGAAUAAAAAAAAAAAAAAACCUUUUCUUUUUUUUUUUUAAAAGCCCGGCACUGUUGGGAACAAACCAUUUUCAGAUAGUUGUGAUGGAACGUAACAGGUAUUUCCCGAACCUGUUGGCUGCAGUGACAGGAACAGACACCCAUGCCUUAUCGACUCGCCUUUAUCGGGAUUCACGGAGAUCUGGUAGAGUAGAAAUUAAAUGUAGGUAUUGAGAAAUAAUCCUGUCAGAGUUUGAUUCCGCCCUCAGAGGAGGCCAUUUUAAAUGGCAAAUGAAGAGCCAAUGGAAGCAGCUGAUGCAUUAAAAAAAAAGAAAGAAAUCUCUGCUUUCAGACAUAGCGUCUUGAAUUGCAUAUACUUGACUUUUCUAGUACCUUUUCAUUUCAAAAAUUGUUAUUUUCUAUGAAUGAGAUGUGUAUUUUGGAACACGUAAUAGAUGUUGAAAAUUGUAAAGCAAUCUGCAAAAGCUCCAGAGUUAUUUCCCUAACAAAGAUAGAUUGUUUUCUGUAUAUAUUUGAUGGCCAUCAUUUUCAAUGAUAGUAGCUCUUUUGAAAUGUUAAGCAAUAUUGAAGCUUUUUGUGUGAAGAAGGGCCUAUUGCUGAGAAAUAAUCAAAGCUGGGAGUUAUUUUUUCUUUAUGUUUUACAGUAAUCUGAAGGGUUAUCCUGCAGAAAUAUUUAUGGAAAGACUUUUUACAACACUUUUUGUAUAGAAUAUGCAAACAAAGUUACACUAAGGAGGAAAUAUUGAUGUCUGCAUAGAUUAUUAUUAAAAAAAAAAAAGCUGGUACAUAAUUAAUACCUUCUCAGUUAUAAGCCAUUGUAUUGUUGUGUUUUAUGAUGAUAUCAGUGUUGAAUAAUCCUGUUAUUCAGAUGCUAUGUGACUAAUUAUGAGCUGCCAUUUACAUCCAUACAGCCACGUGUAUUCAAUGUGUAAACCGUAUUAUGAAGAUAUUUUGUGUUAACAUGCAAAGAUCCUUUUUUUUUUUUCUAAAUUAGUGACGGAUACUUACCACUGUAUAAGCACAUUAAACUGUGAGAUGUAGUUUGCUUUAAGCAGCGAUGAUAAGAAACUAUUAUAAAAUGUGUUUUAUUCGUAGUGUAGGGAGUGUAUACUCUUGUCAAAAAAGUGUGUGUGACAAAGAACUGAUUUAGAGUUUGCAUGUGCAUGAGUUUCUUUUUGUUUUCUUUUUUUUUUUUUGUGGAAAGAACCGUAUAACUUUUGUGCAAUGUAUACUUAUUUAAAUACUUUACAGUAGUUUGCUCCAGUACAUAUUGUUUUUAACAUUAGCAGCAACUUCUGAUUGUUAGUCGUCCUGAAGUAUUUCAUUUUACUGCAAAUGUAGCCCGGGCAGAAAAUACAUAUUUACUGCAUGAAAUGUGUUAACACUUUUGUGGUCAAGUUGGAAAGUCAUGUUUGUAUUCUUUACUGUCUGUAUCACUUGAGAUGUUUGUUAUGCAGUAUUGCAAUAAUGUAAUAUUUGAAUUGGACAGAAGGCAGGCGUGAGGUCGGGAAGACAAUGCUUUUGGGGAAACGAGGACGGCCACAGGCCCCGAGGGUCGACCGCAGGUCUGUUUUUCAUGUCCAUGAAACGGCAUUCCAAAAUGUGCCUUAUUUGUUAGUUGGG